GUGCGCAGGAACAGGUGCGCAGGAACAGGUGCGGAGGAACAGGUGCGCAGGAACAGCUGCGCAGGAACAGGUGCGCAGGAACAGCUGCGCAGGAACAGCUGCGCAGGAACAGCUGCGCAGGAACAGCUGCGCAGAAACUGCUGCGCAGAAACUGCUGCGCAGAAACUGCUGCGCAGAAACAGCUGCGCAGAAACAGCUGCGCAGGAACAGCUGCGCAGAAACUGCUGCGCAGAAACUGCUGCGCAGAAACUGCUGCGCAGAAACUGCUGCGCAGAAACAGCUGCGCAGGAACAGCUGCGCAGGAACAGCUGCGCAGGAACAGCUGCGCAGGAACAGCUGCGCAGGAACAGUUGCGCAGGAGCAGCUGCGCAGGAACAGCUGCGCAGGAACAGCUGCGCAGAAACAGCUGCGCAGGAACAGCUGCGCAGAAACAGCUGCGCAGAAACAGCUGCGCAGGAACAGCUGCGCAGGAACAGCUGCGCAGGAACAGCUGCGCAGGAACAGCUGCGCAGAAACAGCUGCGCAGAAACAGCUGCGCAGAAACAGCUGCGCAGGAACAGCUGCGCAGGAACAGCUGCGCAGGAACAGCUGCGCAGAAACUGCUGCGCAGAAACUGCUGCGCAGAAACAGCUGCGCAGAAACAGCUGCGCAGGAACAGCUGCGCAGAAACAGCUGCGCAGAAACAGCUGCGCAGAAACAGCUUCGCAGAAACAGCUGCGCAGAAACAGCUGCGCAGAAACAGCUGCGCAGGAACAGCUGCGCAGAAACAGCUGCGCAGAAACAGCUGCGCAGGAACAGCUGCGCAGGAACAGCUGCGCAGGAACAGCUGCGCAGGAACAGCUGCGCAGAAACAGCUGCGCAGGAACAGCUGCGCAGGAACAGCUGCGCAGGAACAGCUGCGCAGGAACAGCUGCGCAGAAACAGCUGCGCAGAAACAGCUGCGCAGAAACAGCUGCGCAGGAACAGCUGCGCAGGAACAGCUGCGCAGGAACAGCUGCGCAGGAACAGCUGCGCAGGAACAGCUGCGCAGGAACAGCUGCGCAGGAACAGCUGCGCAGGUACAGCUGCGCAGGAACAGCUGCGCAGGAACAGCUGCGCAGGAACAGCUGCGCAGGAACAGCUGCGCAGGUACAGCUGCGCAGGAACAGUUGCGCAGGAGCAGCUGCGCAGGAACAGCUGCGCAGGAACAGCUGCGCAGGAACAGCUGCGCAGGAACAGCUGCGCAGGAACAGCUGCGCAGGAGCAGCUGUGCAGGAACAGCUGCGCAGGAACAGCUGCGCAGGAACAGCUGCGCAGAAACAGCUGCGCAGAAACAGCUGCGCGGAAACAGCUGCGCGGGAACAGCUGCGCAGGAACAGCUGCGCAGGAACAGCUGCGCAGGAACAGCUGCGCAGGAACAGCUGCGCAGAAACUGCUGCGCAGAAACUGCUGCGCAGAAACAGCUGCGCAGGAACAGCUGCGCAGGAACAGCUGCGCAGGAACAGCUGCGCAGGAACAGCUGCGCAGGAACAGCUGCGCAGGAACAGCUGCGCAGGAACAGCUGCGCUGGAACAGCUGCGCAGAAACAGCUGCGCAGGAACAGCUGCGCAGAAACAGCUGCGCAGGAACAGCUGCGCAGAAACAACUGCGCAGAAACAACUGCGCAGAAACAGCUGCGCAGAAACAGCUGCGCAGAAACAGCUGCGCAGAAACAGCUUCGCAGAAACAGCUGCGCAGAAACAGCUGCGCAGGAACAGCUGCGCAGAAACAGCUGCGCAGAAACAGCUGCGCAGAAACAGCUGCGCAGAAACAGCUGCGCAGAAACAGCUGCGCAGAAACAGCUGCGCAGAAACAGCUGCGCAGAAACAGCUGCGCAGAAACAGCUGCGCAGAAACAGCUGCGCAGGAACAGCUGCGCAGAAACAGCUGCGCAGGAACAGCUGCGCAGGAACAGCUGCGCAGGAACAGCUGCGCAGGAACAGGUGCGCAGGAACAGGUGCGCAGGAACAGGUGCGGAGGAACAGGUGCGCAGGAACAGCUGCGCAGGAACAGGUGCGCAGGAACAGCUGCGCAGGAACAGCUGUGCAGGAACAGCUGCGCAGGAACAGCUGCGCAGAAACUGCUGCGCAGAAACUGCUGCGCAGAAACAGCUGCGCAGGAACAGCUGCGCAGGAACAGCUGCGCAGAAACUGCUGCGCAGAAACUGCUGCGCAGAAACUGCUGCGCAGAAACUGCUGCGCAGAAACAGCUGCGCAGGAACAGCUGCGCAGGAACAGCUGCGCAGGAACAGCUGCGCAGGAACAGCUGCGCAGGAACAGCUGCGCAGAAACAGCUGCGCAGAAACAGCUGCGCAGGAACAGCUGCGCAGGAACAGCUGCGCAGGAACAGCUGCGAAGGAACAGCUGCGCAGAAACUGCUGCGCAGAAACUGCUGCGCAGAAACUGCUGCGCAGAAACAGCUGCGCAGAAACAGCUGCGCAGGAACAGCUGCGCAGGAACAGCUGCGCAGGAACAGCUGCGCAGGAACAGCUGCGCAGGAACAGCUGCGCAGGAACAGCUGCGCAGGAACAGCUGCGCAGGAACAGCUGCGCAGAAACAGCUGCGCAGGAACAGCUGCGCAGAAACAUCUGCGCAGGAACAGCUGCGCAGAAACAACUGCGCAGAAACAACUGCGCAGAAACAGCUGCGCAGAAACAGCUGCGCAGAAACAGCUUCGCAGAAACAGCUGCGCAGAAACAGCUGCGCAGAAACAGCUGCGCAGGAACAGCUGCGCAGGAACAGCUGCGCAGAAACAGCUGCGCAGAAACAGCUGCGCAGGAACAGCUGCGCAGAAACAGCUGCGCAGAAACAGCUGCGCAGGAACAGCUGCGCAGAAACAGCUGCGCAGAAACAGCUGCGCAGAAACAGCUGCGCAGAAACAGCUGCGCAGAAACAGCUGCGCAGAAACAGCUGCGCAGAAACAGCUGCGCAGGAACAGCUGCGCAGAAACAGCUGCGCAGGAGCAGCUGCGCAGGAACAGCUGCGCAGGAACAGCUGCGCAGGAACAGCUGCGCAGGAACAGCUGCGCAGGAACAGGUGCGCAGGAACAGGUGCGCAGGAACAGGUGCGGAGGAACAGGUGCGCAGGAACAGCUGCGCAGGAACAGGUGCGCAGGAGCAGGUGCGCAGGAACAGCUGCGCAGGAACAGCUGCGCAGGAACAGCUGCGCAGGAACAGGUGCGCAGGAACAGGUGCUCAGGAACAGGUGCGCAGGAACAGCUGCGCAGAAACAGCUGCGCAGAAACAGCUGCGCAGAAACAGCUGCGCAGAAACAGCUGCGCAGAAACAGCUGCGCAGAAACAGCUGCGCAGAAACAGCUGCGCAGAAACAGCUGCGCAGAAACAGCUCCGCAGAGACAGCUGCGCAGAGACAGCUGCGCAGAGACAGCUGCGCAGAGACAUCUGCGCAGUUACAGCUGCGCAGAAACAGCUGCGCAGAAACAGCUGCGCAGAAACAGCUGCGCAGAAACAGCUGCGCAGAAACAGCUGCGCAGAAACAGCUGCGCAGAAACAGCUGCGCAGAAACAGCUGCGCAGAAAUAGCUGCGCAGAAACAGAUGCGAAGAAACAGCUGCGCAGAAACAGCUGCGCAGAAACAGCUGCGCAGAAACAGCGGCGCAGAAACAGCGGCGCAGAAACAGCUGCGCAGGAACAGCUGCGCAGGAACAGCUGCGCAGAAACAGCUGCGCAGAAACAGCUGCGCAGGAACAGCUGCGCAGAAACAGCUGCGCAGAAACAGCUGCGCAGGAACAGGUGCGGAGGAACAGGUGCGCAGGAACAGCUGCGCAGGAACAGGUGCGCAGGAACAGCUGCGCAGGAACAGCUGCGCAGGAACAGCUGCGCAGGAACAGCUGCGCAGAAACUGCUGCGCAGAAACUGCUGCGCAGAAACUGCUGCGCAGAAACAGCUGCGCAGGAACAGCUGCGCAGGAACAGCUGCGCAGAAACUGCUGCGCAGGAACAGCUGCGCAGGAACAGCUGCGCAGGAACAGCUGCGCAGAAACAGCGGCGCAGAAACACUCUAUAGCCUCCGGUUACAGGAGCGUACCUCCAUGUUCAAUGUUUUUUGGGCAGUUGAACAUCUGCGCAGAAGCGGCUGCGCAGGAACAGCUGCGCAGAAGCGGCUGCGCAGAAGCGGCUGCGCAGAAGCGGCUGCGCAGAAGCGGCUGCGCAGAAACGGCUGCGCAGAAGCGGCUGCGCAGAAGCGGCUGCGCACAAGCGGCUGCGCACAAGCGGCUGCGCAGAAGCGGCUGCGCAGAAGCGGCUGCGCAGAAGCGCCUGCGCAGAAGCGGCUGCGCAGAAGCGGCUGCGCAGAAGCGGCUGCGCAGAAGCGGCUGCGCAGAAGCGGCUGCGCAGAAGCGGCUGCGCAGAAGCGGCUGCGCAGAAGCGGCUGCGCAGAAGCGGCUGCGCAGAAGCGCCUGCGCAGAAGCGGCUGCGCAGAAGCGGCUGCGCAGAAGCGGCUGCGCAGAAACGGCUGCGCAGAAACGGCUGCGCAGAAACGGCUGCGCAGAAACGGCUGCGCAGAAUCGGCUGCGCAGCAGCGGCUGCGCAGAAGCGGCUGCGCAGAAGCGGCUGCGCAGAAGCGGCUGCGCAGAAGCGGCUGCGCAGAAGCGGCUGCGCAGAAGCGGCUGCGCAGAAACAGCUGCGCAGAUGCAGCUGCGCAGAAACAGCUGCGCAGAAACAGCUGCGCAGAAACAGCUGCGCAGAAACAGCUGCGCAGAAGCGGCUGCGCAGAAGCGGCUGCGCAGAAGCGGCUGCGCAGAAGCGGCUGCGCAGAAGCGGCUGCGCAGAUGCAGCUGCGCAGAAACAGCUGCGCAGAAACAGCUGCGCAGAAACAGCUGCGCAGAAACAACUGCGCAGAAGCGGCUGCGCAGAAGCGGCUGCGCAGAAGCGGCUGCGCUGAAGCGGCUGCGCAGAAGCGGCUGCGCAGAAGCGGCUGCGCGGUAGCGGCUGCGCGGAAGCGGCUGCGCGGAAGCGGCUGCGCGGAAACGGCUGCGCGGAAACGGCUGCGCGGAAGCGGCUGCGCGGAAGCGGCUGCGCGGAAGCGGCUGCGCGGAAGCGGCUGCGCGGAAGCGGCUGCGCGGAAGCGGCUGCGCGGAAGCGGCUGCGCAGAAGCGGCUGCGCAGAAGCGGCUGCGCAGAAGCGGCUGCGCAGAAGCGGCUGCGCAGAAGCGGCUGCGCAGAAACGGCUGCGCAGAAACGGCUGCGCAGAAACGGCUGCGCAGAAACGGCUGCGCAGAAACGGCUGCGCAGAAACGGCUGCGCAGAAACGGCUGCGCAGAAGCGGCUGCGCAGAAGCGGCUGCGCAGAAGCGGCUGCGCAGAAGCGGCUGCGCAGAAGCAGCUGCGCAGAAGCAGCUGCGCAGAAGCAGCUGCGCAGAAGCAGCUGCGCAGAAGCAGCUGCGCAGAAGCAGCUGCGCAGAAGCAGCUGCGCAGAAACAGCUGCGCAGGAACAGCUGCGCAGGAACAGCUGCGCAGGAACAGCUGCGCAGGAACAGCUGCGCAGGAACAGCUGCGCAGGAACAGCUGCGCAGGAACAGCUGCGCAGGAACAGCUGCGCAGGAACAGCUGCGCAGGAACAGCUGCGCAGGAACAGCUGCGCAGGAACAGCUGCGCAGAAACAGCUGCGCUGGAACAGCUGCGCAGGAACAGCUGCGCAGGAACAGCUGCGCAGGAACAGCUGCGCAGAAACAGCUGCGCAGAAACAGCUGCGCAGGAACAGCUGCGCAGGAACAGCUGCGCAGGAACAGCUGCGCAGGAACAGCUGCGCAGAAACUGCUGCGCAGAAACUGCUGCGCAGAAACUGCUGCGCAGAAACAGCUGCGCAGGAACAGCUGCGCAGGAACAGCUGCGCAGGAACAGCUGCGCAGGAACAGCUGCGCAGAAACAACUGCGCAGAAAUAGCUGCGCAGGAACAGCUGCGCAGAAACAGCUGCGCAGAAACAGCUGCGCAGAAACAGCUUCGCAGAAACAGCUGCGCAGAAACAGCUGCGCAGAAACAACUGCGCAGAAACAGCUGCGCAGGAACAGCUGCGCAGAAACAGCUGCGCAGAAACAGCUGCGCAGAAACAGCUGCGCAGGAACAGCUGCGCAGAAACAGCUGCGCAGGAACAGCUGCGCAGAAACAGCUGCGCAGAAACAGCUGCGCAGAAACAGCUGCGCAGAAACAGCUGCGCAGAAACAGCUGCGCAGAAACAGCUGCGCAGAAACAGCUGCGCAGAAACAGCUGCGCAGGAACAGCUGCGCAGAAACAGCUGCGCAGGAACAGCUGCGCAGGAACGGCUGCGCAGAAACGGCUGCGCAGAAACGGCUGCGCAGAAACGGCAGCGCAGAAACGGCUGCGCAGAAACGGCUGCGCAGAAGCAGCUGCGCAGAAGCAGCUGCGCAGAAGCAGCUGCGCAGAAGCAGCUGCGCAGAAGCAGCUGCGCAGAAGCAGCUGCGCGGAAGCAGCUGCGCGGAAGCAGCUGCGCGGAAGCAGCUGCGCAGAAGCAGCUGCGCAGAAGCAGCUGCGCAGAAACAGCUGCGCAGAAACAGCUGCGCAGGAACAGCUGCGCAGGAACAGCUGCGCAGGAACAGCUGCGCAGGAACAGCUGCGCAGGAACAGCUGCGCAGGAACAGCUGCGCAGGAACAGCUGCGCAGGAACAGCUGCGCAGGAACAGCUGCGCAGGAACAGCUGCGCAGGAACAGCUGCGCAGGAACAGCUGCGCAGGAACAGCUGCGCAGAAACAGCUGCGCAGAAACAGCUGCGCAGGAACAGCUGCGCAGGAACAGCUGCGCAGGAACAGCUGCGCAGGAACAGCUGCGCAGGAACAGCUGCGCAGAAACAGCUGCGCAGGAACAGCUGCGCAGGAACAGCUGCGCAGGAACAGGUGCGCAGGAACAGGUGCGCAGGAACAGGUGCGGAGGAACAGGUGCGCAGGAACAGCUGCGCAGGAACAGGUGCGCAGGAACAGCUGCGCAGGAACAGCUGCGCAGGAACAGCUGCGCAGGAACAGCUGCGCAGAAACUGCUGCGCAGAAACUGCUGCGCAGAAACUGCUGCGCAGAAACAGCUGCGCAGGAACAGCUGCGCAGGAACAGCUGCGCAGAAACUGCUGCGCAGAAACUGCUGCGCAGAAACUGCUGCGCAGAAACAGCUGCGCAGGAACAGCUGCGCAGGAACAGCUGCGCAGGAACAGCUGCGCAGGAACAGCUGCGCAGAAACAGCUGCGCAGAAACAGCUGCGCAGGAACAGCUGCGCAGGAACAGCUGCGCAGGAACAGCUGCGCAGAAACUGCUGCGCAGAAACUGCUGCGCAGAAACUGCUGCGCAGAAACAGCUGCGCAGAAACAGCUGCGCAGGAACAGCUGCGCAGGAACAGCUGCGCAGGAACAGCUGCGCAGGAACAGCUGCGCAGGAACAGCUGCGCAGGAACAGCUGCGCAGGAACAGCUGCGCAGAAACAGCUGCGCAGAAACAGCUGCGCAGGAACAGCUGCGCAGAAACGGCUGCGCAGGAACGGCUGCGCAGGAACGGCUGCGCAGAAACGGCUGCGCAGAAACGGCUGCGCAGAAACGGCAGCGCAGAAACGGCUGCGCAGAAACGGCUGCGCAGAAACGGCUGCGCAGAAGCAGCUGCGCAGAAGCAGCUGCGCAGAAGCAGCUGCGCAGAAGCAGCUGCGCAGAAGCAGCUGCGCAGAAGCAGCUGCGCAGAAGCAGCUGCGCAGAAGCAGCUGCGCAGAAGCAGCUGCGCAGAAGCAGCUGCGCAGAAGCAGCUGCGCAGAAGCAGCUGCGCAGAAGCAGCUGCGCAGAAACAGCUGCGCAGAAACAGCUGCGCAGGAACAGCUGCGCAGGAACAGCUGCGCAGGAACAGCUGCGCAGGAACAGCUGCGCAGGAACAGCUGCGCAGGAACAGCUGCGCAGGAACAGCUGCGCAGGAACAGGUGCGCAGGAACAGCUGCGCAGGAACAGCUGCGCAGGAACAGCUGCGCAGGAACAGCUGCGCAGGAACAGCUGCGCAGGAACAGCAGCGCAGAAACAGCCGCGCAGAAACAGCCGCGCAGAAACAGCCUCGCAGAAACAGCCGCGCAGAAACAGCCGCGCAGCAACAGCCGCGCAGCAACAGCCGCGCAGCAACAGCCGCGCAGGAACAGCCGCGCAGGAACAGCCGCGCAGGAACAGCCGCGCAGGAACAGCCGCGCAGGAACAGCUGCGCAGGAACAGCUGCGCAGAAACAGCUGCGCAGAAACAGCUGCGCAGGAACAGCUGCGCAGGAACAGCUGCGCAGAAACAGCUGCGCAGAAACAGCUGCGCAGGAACAGCUGCGCAGGAACAGCUGCGCAGAAACAGCUGCGCAGAAACAGCUGCGCAGAAACAGCUGCGCAGAAACAGCUGCGCAGAAACAGCUGCGCAGAAACAGCUGCGCAGGAACAGCUGCGCAGAAACAGCUGCGCAGAAACAGCUGCGCAGAAACAGCUGCGCAGAAACAGCUUCGCAGAAACAGCUGCGCAGAAACAGCUGCGCAGAAACAGCUGCGCAGAAACAGCUGCGCAGGAACAGCUGCGCAGAAACAGCUGCGCAGAAACAGCUGCGCAGAAACAGCUGCGCAGGAACAGCUGCGCAGAAACAGCUGCGCAGAAACAGCUGCGCAGGAACAGCUGCGCAGAAACGGCUGCGCAGAAACGGCUGCGCAGAAACAGCUGCGCAGAAACAGCUUCGCAGAAACAGCUGCGCAGGAACAGCUGCGCAGAAACAGCUGCGCAGAAGCAGCUGCGCAGAAACAGCUGCGCAGAAACAGCUGCGCAGAAACAGCUGCGCAGAAACAGCUGCGCAGAAACAGCUGCGCAGGAACAGCUGCGCAGAAACAGCUGCGCAGGAGCUGCUGCGCAGGAACAGCUGUGCAGGAGCAGCUGCGCAGGAACAGCUGCGCAGGAACAGCUGCGCAGGAACAGCUGCGCAGGAACAGCUGCGCAGGAACAGCUGCGCAGGAACAGCUGCGCAGGAACAGGUGCGCAGGAACAGGUGCGCAGGAACAGCUGCGCAGGAACAGCUGCGCAGGAACAGGUGCGCACGAACAGCUGCGCAGGAACAGGUGCGCAGGAACAGGUGCGCAGGAACAGGUGCGCAGGAACAGCUGCGCAGGAACAGGUGCGCAGGAACAGCUGCGCAGGAACAGCUGCGCAGGGACAGCUGCGCAGGAACAGGUGCGCAGGAACAGGUGCGCAGGAACAGCUGCGCAGUAACAGCUGCGCAGAAACAGCCGCGCAGAAACAGCCGCGCAGAAACAGCUGCGCAGAAACAGCUGCGCAGAAACAGCUGCGCAGAAACAGCUGCGCAGAAACAGCUGCGCAGAAACAGCUGCGCAGAGACAGCUGCGCAGAGACAGCUGCGCAGAGACAGCUGCGCAGAGACAGCUGCGCAGAAACAGCUGCGCAGAAACAGCUGCGCAGAAACAGCUGCGCAGAAACAGCUGCGCAGAAACAGCUGCGCAGAAACAGCUGCGCAGAAACAGCUGCGCAGAAACAGCUGCGCAGAAACAGCGGCGCAGAAACACUCUAUAGCCUCCGGUUACAGGAGCGUACCUCCAUGUUCAAUGUUUUUUGGGCAGUUGAACAUCUGCGCGGAGACGGCUGCGCAGAAGCGGCUGCGCGGAAGCGGCUGCGCGGAAACGGCUGCGCGGAAACGGCUGCGCGGAAACGGCUGCGCGGAAACGGCUGCGCGGGAACGGCUGCGCGGGAACGGCUGCGCGGGAACAGGUGCGCGGGAACAGGUGCGCGGGAACAGGUGCGCGGGAACAGCUGCGCAGGAACAGCUGCGCAGGAACAGGUGCGCAGGAACAGGUGCGCAGGAACAGGUGCGCAGGUACAGGUGCGCAGGAACAGGUUCGCAGGAACAGGUGCGCAGGAACAGCUGCGCAGGAACAGCUGCGCAGGAACAGGUGCGCAGGAACAGCUGCGCAGGAACAGCUGCGCAGGAACAGCUGCGCAGGAACAGCUGCGCAGGAACAGCUGCGCAGAAACAGCUGCGCAGAAACAGCUGCGCAGAAACAGCCGCGCAGAAACAGCCUCGCAGAAACAUCCUCGCAGAAACAGCCGCGCAGAAUCAGCCGCGCAGAAACAGCCGCGCAGGAACAGCCGCGCAGGAACAGCCGCGCAGGAACAGCUGCACAGGAACAGCUGCGCAGGAACAGCUGCGCAGGAACAGCUGCGCAGGAACAGCUGCGCAGGAACAGCUGCGCAGGAACAGCUGCGCAGGAACAGCUGCGCAGAAACAGCGGCGCAGAAACACUCUAUAGCCUCCGGUUACAGGAGCGUACCUCCAUGUUCAAUGUUUUUUGGGCAGUUGAACAUGUAA